AUGAUCGAAUUCCUUGGAACGUGCCUAGAAUUCUUCCUCUUCCGCUUCUCCAUUUUCACAGGGGAGAUUGAAAGUAUCCGGAAGUUUCUCAACCGGCCUCCCAUCCAUCUCCUGGUGAGGGUGAAGCUGGAAACCAAGCCCAAGAAAAAUGAAGACCGGGUGCUGGUUCUCACGACCUGGCGCGUCUAUCUCUUUGGAAUUAAGAUGCCUGCCAAGCCCGAAUGCUCUUUCAACGUCUUGGAGAUACGAGCGUUAAACACCCUGAACCACAACCAGAUCUUGGUGGAAACAGAGAAAGCCAGCUACAAUCUGAAGUUCCCCACUCCGGAAAGUGCUGGCCAGGUUACGAGACACGUCAACACUGCCUUAGCCAAAAUUUUUCCCAGCCCAGCUUCCGUCUGCCUGAUUCGCCAUGGGAAUGUGGAGACUCCGGAGACAUCCAGGGACGUGUCCCCCAAUUCAGAAAGUUCAAACUCCACCAUUCACAGCGUUUGUGGAGGUUUUUCUGAAACGUACGCCGCCCUUUGCGACUACAAUGGACAGUCUUGCCGAGAAGAAGUUCAGUGGGACGUGGACACGAUUUAUCAUUCAGAAGACAACCGGGAAUUCAACCUGCUCGAUUUCUCUCACUUGGAAAGUCGAGACCUUGCUUUGAUUGUGGCAGCUUUGGCGUAUAACCAGUGGUUCACCAAACUUUACUGCAAGGACUUGCGGCUGGGCUCUGAAGUAGCCGAGCAGAUUUUGCACACGGUGAGCAAGUCCCAUCACCUGGAGGAGCUGGUGCUGGACAAUGCAGGGUUAAAAACUGAUUUUGCCAUGAAACUCGCCUGCGUUUUGGCAGAAAACCCCAACACUGCUCUCCACGUCCUCACCCUCUCGCACAAUCCUCUGGAGGACAAAGGCCUCAGUGCCCUGAGUCAGCAGCUACUCUGUUUUCCCAAAGGCCUUAGCAAACUUUGCCUUUCCAAGACCAGCAUCACUGCUAAAGGACUUGCCAUUUUGUGCCAGACCUUCAGUGCCAACCCAGCGUUCACCAGUUCCCUCCGCCACCUUGACUUAAGCAAAAAUUCGGGUCUUCUGGGCACUGACGAGGCAAAUAGUUUCUACUCAUUCCUGGCACAGCCCAACGCUUUGAUCCAUCUGGACCUGUCCUCCACGGACUGUGCGGUAGACGCACUUUUCAGUGCGUUGCUACACGGCUGCUGUCCACGUCUAUGCUACCUCAACCUUGCGCGGAACACCUUUUCCCAUCGGAAAGGAAAAGAAUUCCCCCCAUCUUUAAAACAGUUUUUCUGCAGUGCCUAUUCGCUGAACUGCGUGAACCUGUCGGGCAUCAGGGUCCCCGUAGAAGCAUUGCGGUCUCUCAUGCAAGGCUUGUCUGUCAACACCCACCUCAGCAACCUGCACCUGGAUCUGAGCGGAUGUGAGCUCCGUUCUCCAGGGGCUCAGGUGCUUCAAGAACAGAUGCCCGGGAUUAGUGCCCUGAGUGGUCUUGACCUAUCGGACAAUGGCUUUGAUGCAGAUUUGCUCACCCUUCUUCCGGCGCUGAGCAAGAACAAAUCUCUGAAACAUCUCUGGCUGGGAAAAAAUUUCAACGUCAAAUCCCGAACGCUGGAAGAAAUUCUUCAGAAGAUAGUGCAGUUUAUCCAAGAAGAAGACUGCUCCUUACAGUCCUUCUCGGUGGCCGACUCCCGGCUGAAAACCCGCUGCAGCAUCCUGAUCAAUGCCCUGGGGAGCAACACUUGCUUGACCAAAGUGGACCUGAGUGGGAACAGCAUGGAAGACCUUGGCGCCAAGAUGUUGUCCAAAGCUCUGCAGAUCAACAGCACCCUCAGGAGCAUUUCCUGGGACAGGAAUGGAACCACGGCCCAAGGCUUCCAGGACGUAGCCCGGGCCUUGGAGAACAACUACACACUCAAGUUUAUGUCUCUGCCCAUGAGUGACAUCACCACAGCCUACCGCAAUGCCCCCGACAGGACAGAUGAGGUGUGGCAGAAGAUCCAGUGGUGUCUCCUGAGGAACAACCACUCUCCGAAGGUCUCCCAGGACCAAGCGUUCCGCCUCCACCAAGGAAUUGUCACCAAUAGCGCCGAGCAAAUGAUGAACCGCCUCUGCGUGCGAGUCCAAGAAGAAGUACGGGUCCUGCGAACGUGCUCUGCUGACUCUGUUCAGGAGGAGGUCCUGUAUGCCCGGAAGCUGAUGAAAGAAGCCAAAAAUUCAAGAGCGCUUUUUCCCAGCCUCUAUGAACUUGGGCACCUGUUGGCCAGUGAUGGGCCAGUGCGGCACCGGCUGGAGUCCGUGGCCAACGAAGUGGCAAAAGCAGUUGACAAGGAGCUGCAGAUGAUCUUAGAGUCGAUGGUUGCCCUAACAGAGGAGCUGUGUCCACAUGCCGUCCAGGCAGCCGAAGAGCAUCACAAGAUGUUGGCAGCUGUUUCUGAACACAUCACUGUGCCCCGAAACUUCAUCCGGGGAGCUUUGCUGGAACAGGCUGGCCAGGAUAUUCAAAACAAGCUCAAUGAGGUGAAGCUGUCCGUCGUGACGUAUCUCACCAACACAAUUGUGGAAGAACUUCUGGAGGAGCUGUAUCACGCUCACAAGAAUCUGGUGAGAACGACAUCUCCUUCUCCCACCACUACCAGUGACCCAUAUCCCACAUUCCCGUGCCAUGAUUUCAUCCUGAUUUUUGGCUUGGAGUCUCAGCAGACCAGAGUACCUGGUCGACCUUGUUUGGGCUUGGAAGCUAAGCAGGGUAGGACCUGGUUGGUAUUUGGGUGGGAGGCCCCAGGAAAUCCAAGCUGUACUGGGAAAUCCAAACAACGUCGUGGAAGAAGUAAGUACCCCACCCCUUGCAUUGUGCUACCGAGAAAGCUACAUGUCCAGCCUUGGCAUGACAGAAGCAUUGUCAGAAUUAUCAGAAGCUCACAGCCUCCGUCUUCACUCUCUCCUCCCCAACCACAGGCCCAGCACAUCGCCCAUCUCCACCGACUUUCUGAGAGUCAAGACAGUGUUAUUCUCCCUGAGCAGCUGGGAAAACCUCAGCUCCAGGACCAGAAGGAGUUCGCUGAUCACGAGCUCGACUCCAGCAUCGACACCAUGGCUAUCAAAAGACAGAAGAACUGCCGUAGGAUCCGACCUGCUUCUGCCUUUAUUAGUGAGUGUGGAUCCGAACAGGACGGGGACCUGACAGCGUCCAACAUGAGCUCACCCCUGGGGUGGAUCUCUCUGGUCGGCAGCAAUCAGUGCUCCUAUUCCCACAGCGCCUCCUUCGAGGGGCUUUGCGAGCUGCCCACAGAAGGGGCUCGGCUUGAGCACCGGACGUGCGGCAGACCCCGGCCACCUCGCUCAGCUCGGUUCCGCUCCAACAACCGAAUCCUGGGUUCCCUGGAAUCCAGAGAGCAGGAGAAUGGGUUGGCAACCCGGCUGGAUGAGGGCCUAGAUGAGUUUUUUAACCGGAGGGUUCUGAGCGACACCAUCAGCUAUCCUCGGAUAUCUGAGAGCUGUGGGGUCAGGCCAGGCCCCUGCGAUUCUCUCCCCCCUCUGCAAAAGAAGCGGAGAAAGGGCCUCUUCCAUUUUCGCCGAUACCGCAGCAUCAAAGGAGAGCAGGACCCCGAGGAUCUGCCCCCAAAUCCCCCCCCACCUCCCCUGCUGUACUCGGUCAUCAGCCACGAGAAAGAGUGGAAGCUGGGACAGGACGUUGCGGGAACGACAAUGCCUCUUCCGGGAAUGGGGGCCGUGGCGCCUGGAAGCGGGGUGAAAGGCCUCCCCAGCCGUUCCAAGCAGGUAAGGAAAGCUUUCUUCCGGGGUGGGGGCUCGGACGUGGAGGCUCCCCUUUUUAAUUUCCUUUCCUUCCAAAACAAGAUUUCCACUCCCGAUUCAGAGAGGGCGGAGGCAGACUCCCGAAGGACGGAACUGCUGCAGCCCUCGCGAGUCCAAGGCGUGGCGUUGCCGGGGAUGGGACGUGCUAAAGGCUGGAGUCUGGAUGCGAAGCUGGAGGUAGUGGGCAGUCCGCUGGGAAGAAAGCCAGAUUUUGGGAAAGCGAGAAAAGGGGCUGUCUUGGCUGCUUGGCGCGCCAUUCAUCAGCUUUCUUCCCUGGUUAGAGCGUUGAAAUGGAGCAGAGAAGAGGGAGUUUACGGGAGCAGCAGAGAAGACGUUCUUCGGAUGACACAGGUACGUCUCAGCUCACCUCUCCUCUGUGGGAACGUGAGUCUGGGGGCUUCAUCUGGCCCACGGAAGCUCUUUCGAAGCCCGGUUGAGUUCAUGGGGCAAUUCAGGGAUCUCUCUUCCACUCCUCACCCGCCCAAGCCUGUGGCCCUCCCCAGGGGCCGGAAGCCCCCCAGCCAACCUGAAAGAAGUCGCAGCAACGAAGAAGCCAGCGUAGCAGGCGUCGUCGUUCCGGAAGACACAUGCACAUUGCCUCUAGUAGCUCAACCCCGACGCAGAUCCAAGGAGCAAGAAAACAAAGGACUCUCUGAUGCUCCCGUUUCCGUUCUAGGGGAACCCGAGGUGGGGAGGAAGACGGCUCCUCUCAAACCAAAGAGAACACGGCGAGCCCAGUCAUGCGACAAGCUGGAGUCAGAUCGGGGACGGAACCUGGGCUCUGGAGGUGCCAGUGACCUACCUCUGCCUGACCCUCCUCCUCCUCCCCCUGUCCUCGACCCGCCCGGCUGGAAAUCUCGCCCCGCUCUUCCUCCUCCUCUCCUUCCAGCAGAUCGGCCGGGGGGAGCUCCCAGACCUGGGGCAGAGUGACGGAGAGGCCCUCCCCGGGCAUGGCGAGGAUGGAACUGCAAAUGCUUCUCCCCGUCUGGCAGGAAGACCGAGGGGGAGCCGGACGGGCCACAACGGGGGGAGCGAAGCAUGGGGAGGAUCUCCUCCAAGCUCUCCCCCUGCAGAGAAGCUGGUCUCCUGUCUCCAGAAGGCUCCCCCUGGGGACCAGGCCUCCCGAACCCUCAUUUCUUUCUUCCUUCCGUUUGUGCCUCUUCUCUCACUUCUGGGUCGACGUCCACCCCACUCUACCCAGGGGGAUUUCCCCAUCCCCAGCUUCGUUUUUAACCAGAGGGGUGAGGAAACAAGAAAGCCACAAGAAUGCUCCCCUCCCAGCUGUUCUGGGUGCCAAGGGCACCCCUUCACUUUGUCCCCCCCGCAAAGACGGCUUUCCUUCCCCUCAUCCCUGGUUUUUUCUCCCCCGCCUCCUGCCCCCCCCAUCCUGCCACUGUUUCUGGUCCCGCAUUUCAUAACUUUGCCC